AUGGCGGCACCUCAAAGGACACUCCCAGGUGCAUCCACACCUCCAGAGACCUUUUCAGGGACGUUAGUGCCCCCAGAGACCUUCCUAGGGGUCCCAGGGGACCCUUUGGAGCGACGGCUCCCCAGGGACCCUGACUGGAGCAGCGGAGCCUGCAGGGACCUACCCAGGGGCAGCGCAGCCUCCAGCGACCAUCCCAGAAACCGUUCCAGGGGCAGUGGUGCACUGGAAACCCUCCCAGGGUCGGUGGCGCCCCCAGGGACCCUCUCAGGGGCGGUGGUGCAUCUGGGGUCCCUCUCAUUGGAAGAGGAAUGCACAGGGACCAUUCCAGUGGCAGCAGAGCCUCCAGGGACCAUCCCAGAGACCCUCCCAGAGAUGGUGGCACCUCAAAGCUCACUCCCAGGGGCAUCCACACCCCGAGAGACCUUUCCAGGGACGUUAUUGGUCCCAGAGACCUUCCUAGAGGUCUCAGGGGGCUCUAUGGCAUUACUGUGCCGCGACGCCCCUAGGGUGCCCCCCAGUGGUGACGGUACCCCCAGGGGCCCUUGCAACAACAGUGGCAUCCUCAGGUGCAUCCUCAAGAGCGACGGCACCCCUGGGACCCUGACUGGAGCAGCGGAGCCUGCAGGGACCUACCCAGGGGCAGCGCAGCCCCCAGAGACCAUCCCACAGACCGUUUCAGGGGAGCGACGGCUCCCCAGGGACCCUGACUGGAGCAGUGGAGCCUGUAAGGACCUUCCCAGGGGCAGGACAGUCCCCAAGGACCAUCCCAGAAACCGUUCCUGGAGCGGUGGUGCACUGGAAACUCUCCCAGGUUCGGUGGCGCCCCCAGGGACCCUCCCAAGGGCGGUGGUGCACCUAGAGUCACUCCAAUUGGAAGAGGAGUGCCAAGGGACCAUUGCAGGGGCAGCAGAGCCUCCAGGGACCAUCCCGGAGAUGGUGGCACCUCAAAGGACACUCCCAGGUGCAUCCACACCUCCAGAGACCUUUUCAGGGACGUUAGUGCCCCCAGAGACCUUCCUAGGGGUCCCAGGGGACCCUAUGGCAUGCUUGGUGCCCCCCAGUGUUGACGGUGCCCCUAGGGGCCCUCGCAACAUCAGUGGCAUACUCAGGUGCAUUCUUAGGAGCGACGGUACCCCAGGGACCCUGACUGGAGCAGCGGAGCCUGCAGGGACCUACCCAGGGGCAGCGCAGCCUCCAGCGACCAUCCCAGAAACCGUUCCAGGGGCAGUGGAGCGACGGCUCCCCAGGGACCCUGACUGGAGCAGUGGAGCCUGUAGGGACCUUCCCAGGGGCAGGACAGUCCCCAGGGACCAUCCCAGAAACCGUUCCUGGAGCAGUGGUGCACUGGAAACUCUCCCAGGUUCGGUGGCGCCCCCAGGGACCCUCCCAAGGGCGGUGGUGCACCUAGAGUCACUCCCAUUGGAAGAGGAGUGCCAAGGGACCAUUGCAGGGGCAGCAGAGCCUCCAGGGACCAUCCCGGAGAUGGCGGCACCUCAAAGGACACUCCCAGGUGCAUCCACACCUCCAGAGACCUUUUCAGGGACGUUAGUGCCCCCAGAGACCUUCCUAGGGGUCCCAGGGGACCCUAUGGAGCGACGGCUCCCCAGGGACCCUGACUGGAGCAGUGGAGCCUGUAGGGACCUUCCCAGGGGCAGGACAGUCCCCAGGGACCAUCCCAGAAACCGUUCCUGGAGCAGUGGUGCACUGGAAACUCUCCCAGGUUCGGUGGCGCCCCCAGGGACCCUCCCAAGGGCGGUGGUGCACCUAGAGUCACUCCCAUUGGAAGAGGAGUGCCAAGGGACCAUUGCAGGGGCAGCAGAGCCUCCAGGGACCAUCCCGGAGAUGGCGCCAGCUCAAAGGACACUCCCAGGUGCAUCCACACCUCCAGAGACCUUUUCAGGGACGUUAGUGCCCCCAGAGACCUUCCUAGGGGUCCCAGGGGACCCUAUGGCAUGCUUGUGCAUUCUUAGGAGCGACGGCUCCCCAGGGACCCUGACUGGAGCAGCGGAGCCUGCAGGGACCUACCCAGGGGCAGCGCAGCCUCCAGCGACCAUCCCAGAAACCGUUCCAGGGGCAGUGGUGCACUGGAAACCCUCCCAGGGACAUCUCAGGGGUUGUGGACAUAUCAGGAACCCUCCCAGGUGCCGCGACGCCCCUAGGGUGCCCCCCAGUGUGACGGUACCCCCAGGGGCCCUUGCAACAUCAGUGGCAUCCUCAGGUGCAUCCUCAAGGAGCGACGGCACCCCUGGGACCCUGACUGGAGCAGCGGAGCCUGCAGGGACCUACCCAGGGGCAGCGCAGCCCCCCAGAGACCAUCCCACAGACCGUUUCAGGGGUGCCGCGACGCCCCCACGGUGCCACCCAGUGGUGACGGUGCCCCCAAGGGCACCUCGCAACAUCAGUGGCAUACUCAGGUGCAUUCUUAGGAGCGACAGUACCCCAGGGACCCUGACUGGAGCAGCGGAGCCUGCAGGGACCUACCCAGGGGCAGUGCAGCCUCCAGCGACCAUCCCAGAAACCGUUCCAGGGGCAGUGGUGUACUGGAAACCCUCCCAGGUGGCAGCAGAGCGUUCGGGGACCAUCCCAGAGAACCUCCCAGACGCGGUGGCAUCUCAAAGGACACUCCCAGGGGCAUCCACACCCCUAGAGACCCUUCUAGGGACGUUAGUGCCCCUAGAGACUUUCCUAGGGGUCCCAGGGAGCCCUAUGGAGCGACGGUACCCCAGGGACCCUGACUGGAGCAGCGGAGCCUGCAGGGAUCUACCCAGGGGCAGCGCAGCCUCCAGCGACCAUCCCAGAAACCGUUCCAGGGGCAGUGGUGCACUGGAAACCCUCCCAGGGUCGGUGGCGCCCCCAGGGACCCUCCCAAGGGCGGUGGUGCAUCUGGGGUCCCUCUCAUUGGAAGAGGAAUGCACAGGGACCAUUCCAGUGGCAGCAGAGCGUUCGGGGACCAUCCCAGAGACCCUCCCAGAGACGGCAGCACCUCAAAGCACACUCCCAGGGGCAUUCACACCCCGAGAGACCUUUCCAGGGACGUUAUUGGUCCCAGAGACCUUCCUAGAGGUCCCAGGGGGCCCUAUGGCAUUACUGUGCCGCGACGCCCCUAGGGUGCCCCCCAGUGGUGACGGUACCCCCAGGGGCCCUUGCAACAUCAGUGGCAUCCUCAGGUGCCUUCUCAGGAGCGACGGCACCCCUGGGGCCUUGACUGGAGCAGCGGAGCCUGCAGGGACCUACCCAGGGGCAGCGCAGCCCCCAGGGACCAUCCCAGAGACCGUUUCAGGGGGAGUAGCUCACCGAGAACCCUCCCAGGGCCUGGCGAUCCCAGGGUCUAUCUCAGGGGUGGUGUACAUAUCAGGAACCCUCCCAGGUGCCGCGACGCCCCCACGGUGCCACCCAGUGGUGACGGUGCCCCCAAGGGCACCUCGCAACAUCAGUGGCAUCCUCAGGUGCAUUCUUAGGAGCGACGGCUCCCCAGGGACCCUGACUGGAGAAGUGGAGCCUGUAGGGACCUUCCCAGGGGCAGCACAGUCCCCAAGGACCAUCCCAGAAACCGUUCCUGGAGCAGUGGUGCACUGGAAACUCUCCCAAGUUCGGUGGCGCCCCCAGGGACCCUCCCAAGGGCGGUGGUGCACCUAG